AUGGGUUACAGUGUCCGCAUUCGGGUCUCGUUGGGCAUGGCCGAUAAGACCGGCCGAUGCCUGGGCAGCACUGCGGAUGGAGACUUGUCUAGAAAGCCCAAAUCGAAUGACGCCGAUUUCCAGACAAAAGAAAAGACAGCACAUCUUUACUUCCAUCCUCUGAUCACCACGUGCAACCGUGGGCCAAACUCGAGGGCAAUUCUGAGUUCGUCUGCCUGCCUCAGCGCAACUUCGUCCAAACGACGAGCCCAAAUGAGAAGCACUAAGAAGAAUCACACCGCCACCACGUUUACUCAUCUAUUCGGACUCUCUUGUUGCUAUAGUGACCGAAAUUCAUCAUGUUCAUAUCGUCCCUACCGCGAGGGCCGAGCAGAGGAGCCGAGGAAACUGCACUGUGAAAGAGUCUUCAGGAGGAAGGGACGAGUUGCCCACUUUCACCAAACUGGCGAGUCUGAGGUUUCGGACCGAAGAAAACCGGCUGAAGCUCGUUCGACCGGAGCACCGGCCAGCAGCAUUGGCCGUGAGGCGAACAGAGCAGAACGACGAGACGAAGAGUCGAAAGCAGAUGAGCCUAUGGAGGGUUGCUGUGAUACCGAUCCUAUGAAAAAGUUGGAUCGAGUUCAAGCUUGUCAAGAAUGGCGUGACUUUGCUCGUCUUCUCGACAGGGUGCUUUUCAUUGCCUUUCUCGUUGUCAUGUUCACCACGACUUUGGUUCUUCUCAUUUUCAUCCCACUCUCUGGCAUCGGCGACGAUCAGCUGUGCGAUCAGCUGAUCACGGACUUUGAGUCCACGGUCGUGGUGACCGGGCAAGAGAUGAAUGACAGAAUGCCUGACACUUUCUGA